GUGUCUCUAGCGAGGAGAUUGCUUCUAUCUCCCGUCCGUCAGGCGGCAUGCUUCUGGCGAGUGGCCCCUCACCCCCCAAAUAGUGCCCGGGCAAGAUGGACCCAUCACCGCAGGCGGGCUCGAGCAGCGUCACCGUCGAGUACACCGAUCCCUCCGGCCUGUUUCCGCUCGUCCAGCCCGUGCUGGCAGAUAAGCUCCCCCUGAAGAACCUCCACUGGAAGUCGCCCACCCGCCCCGUGCGAUCCAUCGAGUCGCUCCGGAUCGGCUUCGUGCCUGCCCAGCAUGGCUCCGACGAGCGCAAGUCCUCCACCGACACCGCGAGAGGCCCCGUGACCCAUCGCCGACACCAGAUCCCGGGUCUCCGGCAGACCCCCUACCUGAAGAUCUUCCUCCUCCGAUGCGACGACAAUGACACCUACAAGGCUACGGCCCGCAAGGCGCUGCGGGACUGGAUCAAGUCUCAUGCCACCGUGUCGUCAUCCUCCGCCGCCGCCGCCGCGACCACCAGCCAAGAGAAACACGACGCCUUCGACUGGCUCAUCCUCCAUGUGGUGCAGGACGGAGACGGCACAGACAAGGCAGCUGCUCCGGCGAGCAAAUGGGGUCGCACCACCACUACUGUCCUGGAAAAGGUCAAGGCCGAUUUCAACGGCGCCUCCAAGUCCACCAUCGAUCGGGUGGCCCAGAUCCGUCUCCCCAAGCAGGGCAGCUUCGCGAAGUCGCCCGAAUUGGCCGAUCAGGUCGAGGAUUUUGUCGAGAAAUUGAAGAAUGCCAUCCUGGCGUCGUUCGAUCUCCGCGUGGCGCAGUAUGAGGAGGACAUCAAGGAGAAGGAUUCGCAGCGUAGUCUGCCCGGAUGGAACUUCUGCACGUUUUUUAUACUGAAGGAGGGGCUGGCGAGAGGCUUUGAGAAUGUGGGGUUGUUCGACGACGCCCUGCUGGGGUACGACGAACUCGCUGCCGGCUUGGACACUGCCAUACAGGAACAGAUGGAGGGGACGGGAGACCAGCACGGGAGCGCCUUUCUCACGUACAGUAAAGAUUGGAAAGAUAAAGCGAAAGCGGCGCUGGAGUCAGAAGGGGAGGCAGCGAACAAGGACAAGGAUGGGGAUGAGGAAGAGUCAUAUCCAAUCCCGGAUAUUGGGGUGGAGGACUUCCCCAUCACAUCAACCAAGAAGACCUAUCGGGAGAUGAUCUUGGCCAGUGACAUUUCCAUCUUUGAUUUCCGCACAUACGUCUUCUCUAGACAAUUGACACUACUUCUCCGGGCGGCAAAGGCCCCCUCUCUGCUCAGUACGGAGGCCGAUGCGGAACCGAAGUCGCCGAAGAAGGGCAAAAGGGUCGAGAACUUGAUGCUCCUUUCUGAGGCCUGCCAGAGGGCCACUGAGUUCAUCGGCCUGGGGGCCCGGACGCUCAGGAUCGAUCUCGAGACUGGACUGGCAGAUGAGGACCAUGUCGCGAAGUCGACCGUGGUCAACAAUCUCGUAUCGUCGUGGGCUUAUGCUGCCGCUUCCCAGGUGCUGUCUCAGACAUUCACACCUGCUCUUACGCUCCCGGAGUCUACGUUACACGCCAUGAACAAGGCGGCGGAUGCCGCUACCCAUGCAGAGGCCAAGACAGAGCUCCCCAAACGCUCCAGCUCACUCAUGACUUCGACUCCCGCAUCGCGCCCGCCCCGUGCGACCAACCCGGAAAUGCUACCUCCAGAGGCCCUUUCAUCCAUUCACGCUCGACCAGGCUUCGAGGGACCAAAACUCACACCCAAAACCGGCUCCGAGCAACUGGCGUCGGGGAGAGGAGAGUUGUUUUUGAUGUCUCGACGGCUUCUCGAAGAGAUCUCCUCGAGAUGCGGUUGGAAGGAGAGCUGGAAUGAUCUGCGUCUCCUGUUCAACGAUCAGAAAUCUGGCGACGGUGAUAUGGCCGAGGUGUCUCUCGAUGACGAUGAGCCUCAACCGCCGCCGAAGGACGAUCAGGGAGCCUUUGCCCUUUCUGGCAUCACAUUGGACGGCUUGAAGCUUGCCCUCUACUCGAGGAAAGCCUUCCGGAUGCAGUACGAAGAGCUGACAGACCAGAUGUAUCGUCAUCAUAUCGCGGCGAAUCGCACGUAUUCGGCGCAGUCAGCCCUUGCCGACAUGGCCAUUAUCCGCUACCGACAAAGUGACUACGGGGCGGCUGCUUCCUACUUCCAUCAUGUGGCCCCGUUCUACGGCAACAAGAAUUGGGUCGUUCUGGAGGGCAUCAUGCUGGAGAUGUACGCACGGUGUCUGAAGGAGUUGAACCGCGGCGAGGAGUAUGUUCGGGUGAUUCUUCGCCUGCUCGCCAAAUUCGCGGUGUACUCGCAGUCUACUCUGUCGAGGCGAGAAAAGACGCUCGAUGCAUCGCAUAUCUUCACGGAGAAUGCGUUGGUCUCCGAGUACGUUGAGGAGCUGUUCAAGGCCUCGGGUGCGCUUCAGAAGGAGGUUUCCGCGCCCAUGACGGAUUUCUUUGCGGACGUGGACGUCAAGCCUGCCAUUCUGCACUAUGCGGACAAAGAUGGGUUCCAGUUGAAGCUCUACCUGCGGUUUCUUCUGGGAAAGCGGAUCGACAUCAGCUCGAUCAAGCUACGAUUGGUCAGCGCGCGUAGUCCUCAGAGCAAUGAGCAUUGGAUAGAGGCACCGAUGGACAUGACGAUCAAGUCGUCGUCGACGCGGGUGCUGGUCGAUUCCUCGAUCACGCUACAAGGGAAAUACUUCGUGGACCGCAUCGAGAUCCGCUCGAAAAACAUCGUUUUCACCCAUGGAGGCAAGAAUGCAUCCUUGCCCGUAGGGUUUAGGGAAGUGAUCGAGGCGGAGGAAGAGGAUACUCGACCGUACAUCUAUUGCUUCCCGCCGCCGGACAGCCUCCAGGCCAAGAUCGUAUCACCGCACUUUGUCAACCUAGAAGAGCUGCGGACGCUCGAGCUGGAGCUCAGCAGCGGGUGGAACGACAUCAAGACAGGCACUCUCCGGGUAAGACCUGCCACGGCAGGCCUCCGACUGAAGAUAGCGGAGGUCGAAGUGGUGGACGGCGACCUCAAGAUCGACGCGACUAGUGAUUCGGGGAACAUCGAGGUCACGCAGUUGAAACCGAACUCGUUUGGCCGGCUCCGGAUUCCUUACACGGUCGAGGAGCACCACCCGAUGCUCUCCGCAAGGGCCGAAGUUGCAUAUGAAACCGACCGCGGGCGGUUUUCCUACUCGUCCAUGCACAGCAUCGUCUCGGGCCUACCGAUCAGUGUCAACGUGCAGGAUGUCUUCAAGGACCGCGUGCUCUUCUCGCGGUUUACAAUCAGCCCGGCCAUGCUGAUCCCGCUCCGGAUCCUGAAGUGCAACAUCCCCGGCUCGGACGUGUACGAGGUGCAGUCCAGCAUCGGCGAGUCCGUGGCGCUGAAUGUGUUUACCAAGCAACCGGCAUCUUUACUUUACAAGAUCCAACAGCGGGCGGACAGUGUUGCCACCCCCGGGUCCCGACGGUCCCUGCGGUUGAGCGUCGAUUUCACAUGUGUGGACGACGAGUGCCUGGACGCCAUUGAGAAGGCGUUCACCGCAAGCAUCGCAGCCAGCGACUUCCGGCAGUAUGCCACGCUCCUCACAUCCCACAUUGUCGAGACUUUCCGCACGCAGCUGUCAACGUCUGACAUGGAGGUCAUCGGUCUGGUGCGGGAGGUGGAAACGCAGUCGUAUGCGAACGUGCGAUGGGAAGCGUUGCUGAGUGCGCUGAAAGAGCCGAUCAACGGGCUGAGGGCCUGGCUGAAGGAAUGGCACAAGAACCACCCGAUCAUCUAUCUCCCCGAGUCGCCCAGCGUCCCCAGCCGACACAUCGUCAUCCCCGUCGACAUCCCCGAGAUGCAAGUCGUGCACACCGCGGAACUGCGCCUCACCAACCUGACGGACCACCCCCCGCACGCGGCGGUCGGCCAGAUGGUCGCGGUCGAACUUAGCAUACGUCAUACGCGACGGUGGUGCUCCCCCGAGCAUCGCGAGAACGCGGGGGGGGCGCUCGAGUUCUCGUAUGAGAUCCACGCCAACCCGGAGUCGUGGCUCGUCGGGGGGCGACGCCGCGGGAACUUCAGCGCCGACGAGGGCGAGACCAAGACCUUUGCCAUCAUGCUCCUUCCGCAGAAAGCCGGACAUCUCCUGCUCCCCGGGUUGGAGAUUAGGACGUUUGUACCACCCUCGGCCCCACAGCAGCAGCCGCAGCAGCAGCAGCAACAGCAGUCCUCAUCCACGACAGCCGGGGAGCAAGUCACGAGUCCCAACGUGGCAGCCGCAGCGGCGACGGCACCGCUGCAACGGCGCGCCAUCCCGUGCGAGGUCGACUACCGCAACCACGGGGAGACGGUGCUGGUGCUGCCGGAUCUGCGCACGACGACGGUGAGUCUGUCGCUGUCGGGGGGGAAUCACGGCGGGGCCUGGUUGAUCGAUUCCGAGCGGCUGCACAUUGAGGGCAACGCAUAGACUCUCCUUUUCUCUUUUUGUGUUCGGUUUCCUAUCCUACCUGCAUAGAUAGAUAGAUCGAUCUGUCCAGUACCCCUGUAUACCUUAGACCACCUUACCUCCUUGGUAUAUCAUAACAUAUCUCCAAGCCAUGCCAUGCCAUGCCAUUGAACGAAUGAC